AUGGUUGUGCACUCUAAGAACGAGGCCUUGAUGUGCAAGGUAUUCCCAUCUAACUUGAGGCCUGUCGCAAUGAGGUGGUUCGAUGGUUUAGGUGCAGGUUCCAUUGAUUCCUUUAAAGAGCUCACUCAAGCAUUUGGAUCCCGCUUUAUCACGUGUAGCAGGGUUCCUCGGCCUUUAGAUUCCUUGUUGUCCCUAUCCAUAAGAGAAGGGGAGACCUUGAAAACAUAUUCGGAUAGAUACUGGGAGAUAUUAAAUGAGAUAGAUGGUGAUUUUGACGACGUGGCCAUCGGGACUUUCAAGGUCGGCCUACCUCCUGAACACGGCCUGAGGAAGUCUUUGACCGGGAAGCCUGUUACCAGCGUAUGCCAGCUUAUGGAUCAGAUUGAUAAGUAUAAGAAGGUUGAGGAGGACCAACAGCAGGGCAAAGGAAAGGGUAAAGUUAUCUCUCAGAAGAGGAGGGAUUUCAAGUCGGACCGCUACAAUAAUAACAGACCUUAG